AUGAAUUCGAAUGAAUUUGACUUCAUGAAAUUAAUUGAUAAUCGUCACAACCAGUUGAUUAAAAAGGUCGAAUCAUCAGAAAAUGAUGAGAAAUUAUGUUGGAAAAUAAAAAUAAAAUUAGGGAUGGAAUGCUUUGUCUUCAUUAGCUACUUAAAUAAAUAUUUAUCAAGUACUGCAAUGGAAAUAUUUUAUAUUUUUCAAAAUACUUUACGAAAAUGUUUUUUCGUGAUUACUUUCAACAAUUUUUCUGGAUUUGAUGUUGAUUGUUGGAUGAAAACUAAGUUUUUAUUAACCAGAGUUGGUAUUCAUUUAAGGCGGAAAAAGAAAUAA